AUGGCGUCAAUUGAAGAUGAGGACGCCUAUCUGUAUGACGAAGAGCCACAGAACAAAAAGCCACGGAAAGAUGGUGAUUUAGAUGUUUCGUCUUCAAAGAAAAUUUUGGAUACAAAAGCUUUGUCACCAGAAACUACAAAUGUAUCCCCAGCUCAAGAUAAUGAUCAAGAAGAUAGGGAAGAAGAUUCUGAAGAAGAUGAUGACGAUGAUUCAGAUAUUGAAUUUAUCAUUGAUGCCAUACCUGGUCAACGCGUUGAGCCUCCUCAAAAACAUGGACCAUACUCUCGGGUCACCACGUCAACUUCGGGCCCAGCACCUUCUACAGUUAGUUCUGCAGGGUCGGUAUCAACCACUGCUACUGAUGCUCUUGUGAAACAGGGAGGUGAGGCUGCGAUAGAUUCUUCUAAUGUGGACUUAUCUGCUCUUGAAAAACAGGGUGAGUCUAUGGGAAGAAAAGGUAUUGAACUAGACACUGUCGGUGAAUGGAAUGGUCAACCCAUUACAGACGUUUCAUUUGAUAGUUUUGAGGAUAAACCAUGGAGAAAGCCAGGUGCAGAUAUUACUGAUUAUUUUAAUUACGGUUUUGACGAACUUACUUGGGCUGCUUAUUGCUCACGGCAAGAUAACUUGAGAGAUUUUAAUCAUCAAAAAAUUUUACGAAUUCUUGGUGUUAAUAACCCUAUUUCUAUGCAAAUGAUGAGCUCUGGAAUGAUGCCUGGUUUUGCCCCUCCACCAAGUUUUCUUGGUGGUUUUCCUGAUAUGAUGAAUAUGGGUAUGUUUUCGCCAGGUAUGCCAGGGUUCACUCCUCUUGGGUCAAUGGGCACUAAUAAUACUGGAAAUGAAGAGGGCGCUUACGGGGGGAACGUCCAAGGUGUGUCAGGAAUGUCUUCUAAUUCUCAUUCCCAAGGCCAUUAUCGAAACCAAGGGGAUGGAUCUAAUCAAAACUAUCAUAAUAACCAAUGGAAAAACAAUCGAUAA